GCGGGUGAACCUGCCGAGUGGCUGCCGGAGCAAUGAAGCCAGCUGGGUACCGACUCGGACCGAAGCGCCGCCUUCCUACCGGCGAGGUGACAGCUGACGGUUUUCACACUUUGUUUUCAAAGUUUUUUUUUUUAAUUCGAAAUAACAUUUGACGCCAAAGAGGGAAACGUACAGUGAAGUGACAUGGGUGCUGAAGUGGACCCGGCGGUGUCCUCUGGAUGUUGCGGUAGUUCUGCGACCCAUACCGGGCUUGACUGCUUGCUGUGGACACGCUGCUUGUUUCUGCGUGGGAAAUGAUUCGCCGUGGAGAAGAAGAAUAAAGAUAACGUUUUUAUUUUAUUUUUUUUAUUUUAUUUUAUUUUACCGCUUUACUGUGAAAUCCAUCCAUCAAGUGUUAUUUUCUAGGACCUGCUGUGGACCGUGUUGUGGACUGUGUUGCUUCCCGGUGCCAUGGGCUGCAUCCAAAGCAUCAGGUGCAAGCCCAAGACUUUUCGUGACAGCAUCGCCGUCCUGGAGGUGAACGCUUCCAUCGACUCCAACCCCACCAGCAUCGACGAGUCCUCCGGCGUGGUCCUGCGCUACCGGACGCCGCACUUCCGCGCCCAGGCCCGGGUCCUGGUGCCGCCAGUGGCCGGUAAAGAGACGUGGACCGUCGGUUGGAUUCAAGCUUGUAACUACAUGGAGUUCUACAACACGUAUGGCAGCAAAGGGAUGUCCAGUUGGGAGCUCCCUGAUCUCCGCGAUGGAAAGAUCCAGGCCAUCAGCGACUCAGACGGUGUCAACUACCCCUGGUACGGGAACACCACGGAGACCUGCACCAUCGUAGGUCCCACCAAGAAGGACAGCAAGUUCACCGUGAGCAUGAAUGACAAUUUCUACCCGAGCGUCACCUGGGGCGUGCCGGUCAGCGACAGCAACGCGCCUCAGCUCAGCGGCAUCCGCCGAGACCAGAGCUUCACCACCUGGCUGGUGGCCAUCAACCAGGCCACCUCGGAAACCGUCGUGCUGCAGACCAUCCGCUGGAGGAUGCGGCUUCACAUCCAGGUGGACCCGGAGAAGCCUCUGGGUGAAAGGGCGACUCUGACCCAGCCGGUCGCCCAAGAACAGCCGCAGAUUUUAGGCAAAAACGAGCCCAUCCCGUCCAACGCCAUGGUCAAGCCCAACGCCAACGAUGCGCAGUUGCUCAUGUGGCGGCCCGACGUCGGGGACCCUGUGUUGGUCAUCCCACCUAAAUACUGACCGCACACUUUCCAUGCUGGGACGUCAUUUUUUUUUUUAUGUUAAAAACCGACACCAGCUGUGAUGACUUUAGGGACGAAACAAAAAAACACAACCAUUCUACCUUGAAUCGGGGUCGGGUCUCACUGUGCGAAAUGAAGUCACUGACUUCAAUUUGGGUUUGUGUGGAUUUCUAUUAUUUCAGUCACCACGACUGAGCGUUGAUUUUUUUUUGUUUUUAUUCAUAAGCUGCGAGUGUCCACUUUUGUAUUUGCGUGUCAGUGUGCGGAUCCUUUUUGUUUAUUUUUUAAGCCUAUCACAAGAUGUUCAAAUCCAUGCUGCCUUACAUUUACACCGCUCUCUCUACUCCGAAACCCUUGAGCCUUAAACUAAGUGCAAUGCAGUGUUUUUGUUUGCCCCCCUACCCCGUCCGUGUCUUCCUUGCAUUUUUUUUUGGUGCCGCAUUUGUGGGUCCGGAACAGAAACUUGUGUAAAAGGGAAGAAAGUUGAAGCUUCUACAACUUAAAAAAAGAAAGUUAGUGUUUAACACGCUGAACUGUCAUGUAAAAAAAGAACGAGGACAUUCCAUGGGCCAAACGGCUUUGUGGCGCCCCCUAUUGGUUGUGGUCAAUUAGUUGUGCUUGAUCGCGCUUUUUAAAUUUUACACACAC